AUGGCAAGAACGAGUAGACUCAAAGCUAGAUCUCGAUUAGAAGCCCAUAACUGGCAGAGCACAAAGGCACAAAGUCAGUUAAAAACAAAUCUCGGUAUCUCCCUCUUCCUCGCGUCGCCUGUUUCUCGCUCACGCGCCGGCUUCGGCUCCCGCCGCCUACCGCCACCCCCCUCGCUCGCCCCUGCUGCCACCCCCCUCGCUCGCCUCUUCCUCGCACCGCCUGCUCUCCCUCUCACGCCGCCGCUCACGGUCCCGCCGCCCCCUCGCACCGCCUGCUCUCCCUCUCACGCCGCCGCUCACGGUCCCGCCGCCCCCUCGCACCGCCUGCUCUCCCUCUCACGUCGUCGCUCACGCUCCCGCCGCCCGCUCCGACUCCCGCCACCUGCCGCCAUCCCCUUCUCCUACCCCUGCUGCCACCUCCGACUGGCAUGCCUGCUCGCACCGCUUGCUCUCCCUUUCACGGCGUCGCUCAGGCUCCCGCCGCCCGCUCAGGCUCCUGCCGCCACCCCCCGCUCCCACCCCCUGCUGCCACCUCCGGCCGUCAUGCCCACUCGCGCCACCUGCUCAGCUCCCACCGCCCGCUCCUACUCCACCUCCUCAACGCUGCCUCGCUGUUGA